UCAUCCUGAAUCAUCAUAUCUAUAUUUUACUUCUCGUCUUCAUCACGCGGUAUAAAAAAAAGUAAUCAUUGAGAAGUGCGGAACUCACACAGUAGUAACAUUGUUUGUCGCGGAUCAACAUCAAUAUAUCUCUAAGAUGUUUGUGAAAGUUUCGUGGAUUGCUAUUACAAUAAUUGUGCUGUUUUGCGUAUAUACUUUUGCUCAAGAGAUAUCGCAAAAAUGCAUAGGCUGUAUAUGCGAAGCUGCUUCAGGAUGUAAUAUCACUGUAGGCUGUGAUGGACUGGUAUGUGGACCUUUUUAUAUAACAAAACAAUAUUGGAUUGAUGCUGGCAGACCAUAUAUAAACGGAAGACAAAGCGACAACGAUAAUGAAGAUACUUUUAGGAGCUGUGCUAAAGAUGCAUAUUGCGCUGCUCAUACAGUAGAAAACUAUAUGGCCAAAUUUAGUCGGGAUUGCACUGGAAAUGGAAUAAUUAACUGUGAUGAUUACGUACGUAUUCAUCGAUUUGGCGCAAGUGGCUGCACUAAUACAUUACACAGUGUUUACGAGAAUAUAUAUAAAUUGUGUAUACAAACUGUAGGAGAAUAUUGAAACAAAUAAUAUACAGGGUGUUCCAUUUUAAAUGAUCGAACCCAAUAUCUCGAAAACUAAAUUCAGUAGAAAAACAUUUCAGACAAAAAUUAUUUGGCUCGAAGGGGAACAUAAGAUGGUAUCAUUGAUUUGAUCUUGGAUAGUCCUCUGAAGGUCGUGAAGAUUGCCUUCAAUUUUUUAAAUGGAACCCCUCUAUUUCUCAUUUCAUAUUCUUAUAGUUCAUCUCGAGAGCUUUCCAAAACAUUAUAAUAAAAUAUUUUUUUCAGUAAGUAUUUUUCGAGUUACGAAGCUCAAAAGUUACAGUAUAUCAUCGACUUAGAUAACAUUUGUCAAGAUCAAGGCCA